CGCGGCGCCAAGACCCCAACCGUUAGUGUGCCCUCUCUCUCUCUCUCUCUGUCUAUCUCUAGUAAGCCGGUAUGGAGUCGGGGGGAACUUGUUUACUUUAGUGCCGGGUGUGGAGCAACGAGGGAGGAAGUGGAGAAUUUCCAUAACGAUGCACAUACCUACAUCUUGCUGAGAGGAGAAAGGCUUUGGUGGGCUGGGUUGAGAGGAAAAGGGUCGAGGGGGGGGGGAGGUGGACACUACCCCGACUUCUCCCAGAGGCCGCUUGAUCACUUGAUGCGUCCGCGUCCUCUUAUCGAAUUGUUGACUUCGUACAAGGCGAGGCGCGUUCCGAUCAUCUCUACAAUGAACAUCCCCUUGCCCAGAAGAUGCAGCAGCAGACAGGUUCACAAGCUCCGCCACAGCCACCAUCUCCUAUCAAGAGACCGGCUAGGUCUAAGAAUGGCUGUAUGACCUGCAGGCGUCGUAAAGUCCGAUGUAAUGAGAUCCGCCCUAUAUGCGGUCAUUGUUCUCGCCUCAAUCUGGAGUGUCGAUGGCGGCCGUCCAACCCGGGCCUUCUGACCAACGGCACCGGCAGCAAUUCUCCAUCCGCUGCGAGCCGUGGAAAAAGGCCUGACAGUGGUGGCAGCUCGAGGGUGCUUCCGACCCCGGCACUGCCCACCGCCUCUUCCACGCAGGAGUCUUUUGAUGACGUCUUCAACUAUGCGAGUUUUAUGUGGGAUGGGCCAGAUCUUUGGAAGCCUCCGUCCUGGGGGAAUCAGGAUCUGUCCGUGGUGGAUCAAGCUAUACCAAAUUCGAUGAUGACCCCCUCAUUUUCCGCAAAGCUCUCCCCGCCUGUCGGGAGUACCUUCGAGGUGCCGCUGGCUUCGAGCAAUUCGGACGGCUAUCCUGGUCUCGAGGACAAUCUUAUCCCCCCCAACAUUCCGUCGGGUGACCGAGCGCUACUCGACUACUUUGUGCAGUCGGUAGUCCCUCCCAUCAUCGCCCAGGUCGAGACUCAGACCAAGUGGGCGUCGAUGAGGCAGACGCUCAUGUCCAUGUCCCGAUCGUCGUCGAUGCUACGCCACGCCAUCUUGACCUUCUCCUCGCUCAUCUUGUCGAGACAGGGAGAGGCCCCGGCAGAUACCGCCCGGAAACAUUAUGCCCAGACCGUCGCCGAGUUAGCUAGACAGAGCGAAGCCGGGCAGAACCUACAGAGCAAGGAGGAGACUGCCAGUCGAGCCGCCGUGCUCGCGACGCUCUUUUUCCUCAGCUACACGGACCUUCUCGAAGGAAGGAAUGAGCUCACGCACGCGAAUCUCAAGAAGGCGUUCGACGUUUAUCAGUCCUCCGACAAGACGCACUUCCGGGCCGUCGAGCUGCGGCUCCUCUCCUGGAUCCGGCUCAUAGACGGUAGAGCGGUGUCGGCGGGCGGACAGGGGCUCUUCCUAUCCGAAAUCGACGAGAAGCUACUCGCAUACUCGUCGCCCGGAAGCUUUGACGGGGGCGAGCUUGGGGCCGACGAGCAGACCGAAACGGACAUCGAGGAAGUGCUAUUCGAUAUCCUGUACCAGCCAGGCAUCGUCUUCUUCCAGAAGGUCCAGAGCUUCAUGGGCCGAAUUUCUCACCAAGAUCCCUGGCAUAGGCGUCGGGGCACCGUAGAAGACGAGACCGAGGUCAUGAGCAUUGCAGCUGAGAUCUCGAAGGAUCUGCGCCAACUGUACGAGGCUCGGCCACCACUCAUGGACUACGCAGCUGCUGGGCUCCUAGUGGCGCCGCACGUCUCGUCAAAUCUUGCCCUCACAAUCACUAGGGCGUUCCGGACCUUCCUGUCCAAUUACCACGCCAGCAAAAUUCAUCUGCAUAGGGUUGCUUACAAGUCGUUGCCCCUGACCAAUGAGACGAUCGAGUCGAUCGACACGAUCCGUAACCUGGCAAAGAUGCUCGUCGACGGCGAUGCGCAGGACAUGCUCCCGGUCAACAUGCUCUGGCCGCUGCUGAUGUGGGGAUCGGAGGAGAAAAGCGCGGAAGAACGCGCAUGGAUCAAGACACAGAUCAUCCGCAUGGAGAAAGUCGCAACAAACGCUCGGAUCACCAGCCAGGUUCUCGAGGAGGUGCAAAAGCGCCAGGACACGUUGAGUGCCCGGCAGGAUAUCCGCGACGUAAUGGAACAUGUCUUCAACAGCUGUUGGGCCAUUGUCUGAGCCAGGAGAGGGGCAGCUGACGCCCGAGGCUGCCAAGCGGUUCGUCUCACCCAGUCAACGCGCGCGUAGCUGCCCGCCCCGGUUCGAGAUUCCAUAGUCGGACUCGCCAUGUUUCCCUUUCCGAAGCCUGCCGCUGGGGCGAUACGCGUUGCCGCAAAAGGACCUCGCUCAAAUUUCACGUCAUUUUUAAGUCAUAAGACCCGGCUGCUGUGUGAGGACAGGCGCGGAUAGGCAGGAAAUUCUAUCGCCUGUCGUGGACGCCACGGACGGCUCGUGGGAGCCACCAUUCUGUCAUUUGGGAGAAGGUAAGGUCCUCAUAUUGAUGUGGUGGUCGCGGGCCAAGCACCACUACCUGGCUUAUGUAACUAGCCGAGCAUCACAAGGCGAGACACGGCAGGGACAGAUAUGGGCUAGAGCUAGCUGAAGUCCCCCCUUGGUCCUAGGGAUACAUCGCCCCGGGAU